UAAAAGGAAAGCAGCACCAGGUGGUAUCUCACUUUUGGGAGCUCUAGCACGAGCCAGAUGACGAGCGGGGCAGCGUGCCCGGCCUCCUGAGCUGCCGCACGGACCUGCCGGGACGCCACCAUGGAGGUGCGGGUGCAGGAGGAGGUGCCGGCGGCGCAGCGCACAGGAGGCCAGCACCCAGUGCGGGAAGGAGAGGUGUUCAACACACGAUACCAGGCUCUGCAUGAGCUGGGCUGCGGGGCCUUUGCCACCGUCUGGCUGUGCCAGGACAUGAGGAAGAAGAAGAACGUAGCUGUGAAGGUCCUGAAGAGCAGGGAGGGCUUUGCUGAGGCUGCCCAGGAUGAGGUCUCUCUCCUCCGAUGCGUGAGCAGCAUGAAGAAGAAGGACCGGGCAGGAGAAAACAUUGUCUGUUUGUUAGAUGACUUCAGAAUGAUCGGAAAGAACGGCUUUCAUAUGUGCUUGGUAUUUGAGGCCCUGGGUCCUUCCCUGCGAUGCCUGAUGGGAAGCUAUGCAGCCCAGGGACUGCCUUUGCCUUUCGUGAAGAAAUCUUUACAGCAGGUGCUGGCAGGGCUGCACUUCCUGCACAGGCGCUGCCGGAUCAUCCACGCAGACAUCAAACCCGAGAACGUGCUGCUGUGCGUACGCGACAAAGGGCUCCAAAGGCUGCUGUCCGACACUGCCGACUGUGGACAGAGAACGGAUUUGAGGUUAAAGGGAACAGGAGGUGACCAUGGCAAUCAGCUGGAAGAUUCGGAUUUAAUGAGCAUAGAAGUGAAAAUUGCAGAUCUGGGCAGCGCGUGCUGGACGUACAAGCCUUUUUCCAAGGAGAUUCAGACGCAGCCGUACCGUGCCCUGGAAGUGCUGCUUGGAUUAGACUACGGCACCCCUGCGGACAUCUGGAGCACGGGCUGCCUGGCAUUUGAAAUGGCAACGGGGGAGUGUCUGUUUGAUCCUCAACCCGGGAAAUAUUUCUCCAGAGAUGAUGAUCACGUCGCUCGUAUUAUCGAACUCCUGGGAAGAAUUCCUCCCCGCAUUGCUUUCUCCUGGAACAAGUCAACAAAGUUUUUCAGCAGGCCAGGCGCUCUCCUGCGGAUCUCCAGGCUCUCCCCCCGCAGCCUCCACACCGUGCUGGUGGACAGGUACCACUGGCGAAGGCAGGAGGACCCUGAAACUAGAAAUGGUUGUGCUGUAGGAGCUGCAGAAACAGUGGACAUCUGAAAUACCUGGGACUGUAGUUUUGAAAGGACACGCCUAGCUUUUAUAGGUGGUGAGAUGAAAUAAGCUUUUAAUUUACUGCUCUUUAGUAUCUUUUUAUCUGGAUAAAAUAAAAUAUUGGGUAAAGCUUUCAUCAGACACUGGUAGGAUAAUAAAGUAUGUUUAGGGAGUCCUGGAUUGUUUUACCACCUCUCAAGGAAAUUUACGAAUCCACACAGUUGCAAGGUGGUGCCUUGGUUAGCAGAGCUGCAAACCCACCCAUGCAUUGUGAAGCAGCAUUUUGGAAGGCAGCACCACAGAGGGCUUUAAGGUCAUUACAGCUAACCGCCUCUACAGGGUAUUCGGGUCAGUAUUUUAUUUAAAAGGGUUAAUGUGAUUCUUGGGCACAUCUAAAAAAGAAAAAGUUGAGGGGAAAGGAACAUCAAGGAAAAAUAAAUAAGGAAUCUUGCAAACAGUAACGUUGAGACUGAUACUGGAAUUGAAUUUUGGUUUCUAUGCUUCAAGAAGAAUGCCAGUGCAUUUGGAGAGAAUUCAAAGGACAGCUGUAGAAAUGAUCCAGGGACUGGAAAAUAAGCCUCAUGAUGUGAGGCUUAAAGGAGCUCAACUUACUCAGCUUAUUGAAAAGACAAUUGAGAGAGGACUUGAUCUUUCUCUAAAAGGACUUGUGAGAUUUGCUGACAAAGGCAUAGCACUAUCAACUGAGGCUGGAUAAAUUCAAUCUUGAAAUACAGUUUCUUAGCAAUGACAGUAAUUAAACGUUGGCAUCGCUCACGGGGAAGGUGAAAGGGGCAAAUGUUCAUCUUAGUCUUUUAAAAUAGGCCCAACUUGUUUCUUUCUGGAGAAAAUAUACUGUGAUUGUUGUUAUUAUUGUGACAAUAAUCCUACCCUGACACUGGUGUUGGAGAAUCUUUAAAGGUUUUGUGCCGUGAUCAAUUGGAGCAAGUUCAGAUGUAUGUACUCACAGUCAACACCAAGGUCAUGAAGUGAAGAUUGAUUUAGAGGAGAAAUGGUUAACCUGGUACUAGCUUACUGCCUUGCAUAAGACACACAAGAUGUGAAAGCAGCUCUGAAAUUCAAUGCUUUGUGGCUUGCAUCUUUGGAAGUCAGUUCUUUCCCAUACUGCGUUGUUUCAGAUGUUUAAGAUAUGUUUAAGGCUUUCUGAAAUCCUCUGCAGAGAAGCACUGAUGUAACUGUGUACACUCACUGUAUUCAAAUGAGCGUUUCUGGAUUCCAGUUGACCACAGCAGAAGUCUAAAUCAUUUUCCUCCUUUUUUAGAAACAGCAUUAAAAAAAUUGCACAAUGUUAAUGUGAUUGCAGCUCCUCUGAAAGGCAAAGCAGGCCCAAGCUCUCCUGGUCCGUUUGUUCUUAAAUUAAUGUAGGAUAUUCUCUGUCUCAAGUUAACUGGACUUAGUCUGAAAGUUUAUUAAUGUUUGAAAUAAUAAUCAUCAAAAGCAGUUUUCUAAUGGCACUUGUUUGCUGUUUUUCGUGCCAUUCAAAUGAGAUUACUUCAGCAAUUCUGCUCCUCCCUCACUUUGUAAAUUCACCUGGGAAAUCGGUGACUCAGUUUGGUAAUGCCUCCAGAUCGUGCUUGUACUUUUUAUUUGUGUUUGUCCAUUCCACCACUCCCUCGACAGCUGCUGAGUUUCUGUAUUUUCAUAGAUUACCUUGCCCCAGGUGCCUCUGCAGACC